AUGGCGGUAGGUUACGACGACGAUGCUGAUUAUAGCUACGAAGACGACGCUCCUGAGCUCCAGGACGAAGCGGCACUCGAAGACUACAUGAAUGACGAAGAAUACGAACUCAUGUGCGACAUGUUCCCACGAGCUAAAGAAGCGCUUACAGAGUACCAAGGAUGGGAUAAUUUCAAAGUCAAAUUGGCCAUUUUCGAUCACGAAUUUAACCUGGAUGAAGCUUUGAUAGAGCUCAAAAGAGGCUUGAAAAAGAAGAAAUCGGAAGAGCCCCCAUCCAAAAUGUCUGCUCUUGAACAGCUGGCCAGGAGAAGAGCUCUCGCUUUUAAAAAGUCGUCAGUUGCUGCAUCUAAUUCGCCAGACAAGGUGAGUUUGUUAAGUACUCAGCAACAAAAAACCGAGGAACAACCGUCAAAGUUAUCGCUUGCUGCCCGUCUGACAUCUUUACAAUCUAAACGCGAACCCAGGAGAUCAGAAAAUACACUCAAAGUGAACUCCUCUGGAUCUCUUAUCGAUCGACUCUCCAAAACCAGAAAUAGCCCACAAGAAACACCGGAAACUGCCGCAAAUUCAAGACUCUCUCUCUAUUCAAAACUUUCUGCUCUGCGAAAAACCAAGGAUGAAGGCUCACCUCCUAGGAAAACUGCCUCUCCGGACUUGCUCCCUAUACCUCCAAAGGCUGAGAAGCCAAGAAACAUAUCAGGGGAAAGCAAAGCUGUCAGUUUUGAAGAUUUAGGAGAGGCAUUCAACUUGCAAGCUCAAACUGAACACUCUAGAAGCGAGGAGAACAUGAAUAAUUUAGAAAUUUCAAAAAUUGUCACCAAACGCGACCCGCAGGAAGAGGCCGCAGUUUCCAGAUUGAAGCGCAAGCAUGACGAAAUCCAUUCUACUUAUUAUCCGGGCACUAACAACCAAGCAGCAAAAAAACACGCAUCAGCCAAUUUUCAAAGGCAAAGUCCUGACGAUGUGGUUCUAGAGGCGCAAAAAAGAGCUUUCGAAGACGUUGCAAAAGUUUCUAAGGGUGUUGAGGCCAUCACCUUAGAAAACACUACGCCUGCUAUCGAUGAAGCAGACGAAACGGACAAAGAGAACGAUAGACCAACUGCGAAUGAACCAGUUGUACGCAUUUAUAAAAAGGCCACAGUUCCAACAAAACCCAAGAGUCCGAUCGAUUUGGAUACAUUUCUUAACCACAAGAAACCUCACCUCAGUUUUGUUGUAAUUGGUCAUGUUGACGCAGGUAAAUCUACUCUAAUGGGUCGUUUGUUGUAUGACGUUGGGGCAGUGGAUAAUAAACUUAUCAGAAAGCUGAAAAGAGAAAGUGAAAUGAUCGGUAAAUCUUCAUUUCAUUUGGCAUGGGUCAUGGAUCAAACUGCGGAAGAGAGGAAUCGUGGUGUGACAGUUGAUAUCUGCACUAGCGAUUUCGAAACAAAGGACUCUACGUUUACCAUUGUUGAUGCACCAGGUCACAGAGACUUUGUACCUAAUGCCAUAGCCGGAGUAAGCCAGGUCGAUGUCGCUGUUUUGUCCAUUGACUGCAGCACUGGCGCUUUUGAGUCUGGGUUCAAUCUGGAUGGCCAAACAAAGGAGCAUACCAUACUUGCUCGAAGCCUUGGAGUUCGCCAUAUUAUUGUGGCGAUGAACAAGAUGGACAGUGUAGAUUGGUACGAGGGGCGGUUUUUGGAUAUCAAGUUUGAGCUAACGAACUUUUUUGAAGACAUGGGUGUAAAGAGUGAGCAAGUGAGCUGGAUCCCGUGCAGCGGCUUGUCGGGCGAAGGAGUUUUCGAUAAAGAGUAUCCAAUUGGUCAAACCUGGUACAAGGGACCCACUUUAGUACAGCGUCUGGAACAGAUCUCGCAAUCCCUUUACAAUAACGAGCAUAGAGAGAUUGUUGAAAAGCCAUUCCUUUUCUCCACAUUUGACGUAACACCGGGAAGUAAACCCAACGAGGCUACGCUAUUUGGCCGAGUUGAGUCUGGUCAUAUUCAAGCUGGUGAGACUGUUACAGUAUACCCUUCAGAACAAAGUGUGCUGAUUACUCAAGUCCUAGCAGGUAACAAUCAAGCUCCAGCGGCGGCAGCCAUGAAAGGUGAUUUCGUAACACUGAAGGUGCGCAAUGCGUUCGCGGAAGAUAUCAACAAGGGAGAUCUUGUUGCAGUUGUUGGUUACGACAUUAAAAGCGCACAAGAGUUUACAGCUCAGGUUUUGACCUUUAAUUUGGAUAGACCGCUCCUACCGGGAACGCCCCUUAUGUUUUUCAGAGGAAGUAACGAACAACCAGCAAGGGUCAAGAGACUGAUAUCAUUGGUUGACAAAGCAGACCCUUCCAAGGUGAUCAAAAAGAAAAUUAGACAUCUAGGCUCCAACCAGCUUGCAAUCAUUGAAAUUGAGCUAAUCGAGAAGAAGAGAAGAAUUCCUAUGUUGACGAUUAGUGAAAAUAAGCAACUGGGGAGAAUUGUUCUCAGAAAAGAGGGAAGAACGGUUGCCGCUGGUGUGGUCAAGACUCUCGAUUUAUAA